AUGACGAGUGAGACGUCAGGCGACCCCGUCGCAAGCAUGGAAAGCGCAACGGCAGAGAUAAGCAAGGACAAGAAUUCCGAUGAAUACUCGACAUCGCAAAAAUCGAAAUUCAGGUUCAAAUCAAAAAGAAGAUCUCACGACGAUGACCGGACUCGAAGCCCAUCCCAUAGAAGCCAUCGAGAAAGCGAUCGUCACCACCGACACCAUCAUCGCAGCAAGCGUCGCAAACGCUCCCCCUCCCCCACCAAAGCCAAAGAUGAUCCCUCACUCUACGACGAUACUCACCUUUCAAAUACAUCCUCAGGACAGUAUGAUCCAGAUGUCGCAUUCCGGGAAAGUCUCUUUGAUGCGAUGGCCGAUGAUGAAGGCGCCGCGUACUGGGAAGGCGUGUAUGGGCAACCGAUUCAUACCUAUCCUGACGUCAAGGAGGGACCUACCGGCGAGCUGGAACGCAUGACGGAUGAGGAAUAUACUGCGUAUGUGAGGGCGAAGAUGUAUGAGAAGACGCAUCAGCAUCUGGUCGAGGAAAAGGCGAGGAGGGAAGAGGCUAAGAAGGAGAGGGAACGGCUUGCGAAAGAGGGAAGGGAACAAGAAAGGGAAGCGGAGAGGUUCAGGAGGAAAGUUGAGGAGAGUCUUAGGAGAGGAGAGGAGAGGAAGAGUAGGAAGGCUUGGGGGGAGAGAUGGGAGGCGUAUACAAAGAAGUGGGAGGGACUUGGGAAAGGAGGGGAUGGUAAAGUUGCGGUUGCUUCUAUUCCAUGGCCUGUUGAGAGUGGAAGGAAGAAGGACAUUGAUUUCAAGGAAAUCGAGAGGUUUUAUUUGAAUGCGCCGACUUCUGGACAGCCUACGGAAGCAGAGUUGGGGAAGAUUCUGAAGUUGGAACGUAUUCGCUGGCAUCCGGACAAAAUUCAACAGAAAUUGGGAGGGCAGGAUGUUAGUGAGGAUGUUAUGCAAGCGGUUACCAUGGUCUUCCAGUUUAUCGAUCGAAUGUGGUCAGAGAUGAGGGAUAGAAAGAAGUGA